UAAAGGUUUCCAGUCUAGAAUCUAUCCUGAUCAUGUAUGCAAGCUGAAAAAGGCCUUGUAUGGUUUGAAAUAGGCGCCAAGAGCUUGGUACAGCAAAAUAGAUGGUUAUCUAUGCGCUAAAGGAUUCAGGAGGAGUGAAAAUGAACAUACUCUUUAUGUGAAGAGUGAUGAAAAUUCUGAUAUCUUGAUUCUAUCCAUGUAUGUGGAUGAUUUACUCAUCACAGGAAACAGUAAAAAGCAAAUUGAUUUGUUUGCUGAUAAAUUGAAGGAAGAAUUUGAGAUGACAAAUCUUGGAGAGAUGAAGUAUUUUUUGGGCAUUGAGGUUGAGCAAACAGAAAAUGGUAUUUUCAUUUCACAAAAGAAAUAUGCAAGUGAUAUCUUGAAGAGGUUCAAGAUGCAGCAGUGUAAACCAGUUGAUACACCAGUUGCGUUGAACACAAAAUUAUCCAAAGAAGAUGGAGACCAGCCAAUCAAUGAGAAGGAAUAUAGGAGUCUUGUUGGAAGUUUACUGUACUUGACAGCAACAAGACCAGAUUUGAUGUUUGCGGCAAGCUUACUUUCUAGAUUCAUGAGUAAGCCAUCACAAACACAUUUUGGAGUUGCCAAAAGGGUCCUUAGGUAUAUCAAAGGAACAAUAAAUCAUGGCAUCUAUUUUGCUGGAGGAGUUGGCUCAAAUUUGAUUGGAUAUUCAGAUAGUGAUUGGGCAGGUUCCGUGGAUGAUAUGAAGAGCACGAGUGGUUAUCUAUUUACACUUGGUUCGGGACCAUUCUGUUGGAAUUCAAAGAAGCAAGAAGUAGUGGCACAAUCCACAGCAGAAGCUGAAUAUAUUGCAUCAUCAUCAGCUGUAAAUCAUGCCGUUUGGUUGAGGAAAAUUCUUAAUGAUCUUGCGAAAAGUCAAGAUGAUCCUACAACUAUCAUGGUGGAUAAUCAAUCAGCCAUUGCUGUUGCAAAGAAUGCAGUUGAUCAUGGAAGAACCAAGCCUAUUAAAGUGAAGUUCCAUGCUAUCAGACAAGCUGAGAAAGAAGGAGAAGUUCAUCUCCAAUAUUGUCCAGGUGAAUCUCAAAUUGCAGAUAUGUUCACUAAAGCAUUGCCCAAAUCCAGGUUUGAAGACUUAAGAUUGAAGAUUGGAGUUUUACCCAAAAGCUUCAAGGAGGAGAAUGUUGAUUAUUGA